AUGGUCACUGAGAAUCAGAGUGCCUUUGUUCCAAAACGUCUGAUAACUGACAAUGCUUUAAUUGCCCUUGAACUUUUCCACACAAUGAAGAAGAAAUCGAAGGGUCGCCGUGGGAUGAUUGCAAUGAAGCUAGAUAUGAGCAAGGCGUAUGACAGGGUGGAGUGGGAAUUCCUGAGACGGCUUCUGACUAAGCUUGGGUUUGCAGGAGCCUGGGUGGAUACUAUAAUGACCUUCGUAUCUACGGUGCGAUACUCUUUUCUCAUUAAUGGAGCCCCUUCGGAUUUACUAUUUCCGACCAGAGGCCUCAGACAAGAUGAUAGCCUUUUGUUUACUAGAGCCACUCGACAGGAAUGUUCGAUCAUUGUUGAUAUCCUCAACAAAUAUGAAGCAACUUCCGGGUAA